UGAGAUUAGAAUGAACUUUGUUUCAGUUCCUCUUUAGAGGAAAUGAGGAAGAUAGCGGCUUAUAUCUAUAGCCAACUAUUUGGUCGACUACCUUAAAAUAACUAUCAGUUUGCCUAUAACGUUUGACAGGGACUGAAGUGCUUAAUGGUCGCUACAACUGCAACCUCGGUCACGGAUUACGUGAGUCGGUGUGCGCUUGUUAGGACAGAACAGGACACUGAAUGAGUCGAGUGGAGGGAAACCGUCCCGAGUUUAUAAUUUGACAUUAAUAUCGUCGGGGUGUUGUCUAAAUAAAGGAAGUAGCGUUGGACUCAGCGUGCAGGGAGCCAAGCAGCAUGUAUGAGGGCAGAUCGGAUGAUGAUGGAUGUGACUCCACUGGAUCUGAAUCAGCUGUCAGUAAUGCCACCCACGGCAGCGGGAUGUCCAGACAGGGCACCGUUGUGGAGCGACUCUCUCGGUAUGUCUUGCCCAGCGCUUUCCAGCGUAGGUCGAGGCUGCAGAGGCAGAUGGAAGUCACUGACAGCUCGGCACCGGGAGGAGUUCAGAGGGAGGCUCCGGAGAGAGGCUCGCUCACACCCGCUAUGCGUAAAAAUUACCUGAAAGAGUUGCUUUUAAGCAAUCAGACACACAGCGGGCUUAGUAGCGUACUGUCACAAACGCACAGCGUGUCCUCCGAGCAGGACGAAGGCUGGGCUUUGUAUCCGAUGGAGCACGCGUGGAUGCUGUCUGCAGUGGAGGGCAACUAUGAAACCAUACUGGAGUUUAUCUCCGAGGACCCCUAUCUGAUAACCAGGAAGGAUUUCAUCAGCGGGUACUCGGUCCUGCACUGGCUGGCCAAGAGAGGACAGGACGAGACUCUGCUCAAACUUUUAAAAUACGCAGAAAGUGCGGGGAUCCCGGUGAAUGUGAACGUGCGGGGCAGCGGCGGGCUCACCCCGCUGCAUGUCGCCAGCAUGCACAGGCAGUACAUGGUCAUUAAGCUGCUGGUCGGAGCGUUCAGUGCCAACGUAGAUGCCAUGGACUACAAUGGAAAGAGAGCCUGGCAGUAUCUGGAGGGAGACGCCCCGCUGGAGAUGAAGGAGCUGCUGGGGACCUGGGAUGAAGAGCACGGAUAUGGAUGUGCGCAAAAUGUCAACAAAAACGUCAACAACAACAGCGCCGGCGCAAUGAACAUGACCGCAUAUGAUGAGGUCGAUCAUGGAGAGACAGAUCACGUGAACUCAUUUGACCCGACUAAGACAGAGAGCAGCUGGGGGUUUGGGUCUUUAAGAAAGCUGCUACCCUCGUUUUCAUUUCUUGGGAACAAACGCUGAGUGUGGUUAUGACACACGCCUCCAAAUAUGUGCGUCAUUUCACAGUCAGUUCACUGUUUUAGUGGUUCCUAACGUUAUGUGGGGCAAAAAAAUCUUCUUACCAAGUCAUUUCUACUUAUAGAGUUCUUACAGUUCUUUAAACAAUUGUAAUUUAAAUCAUAACGUAUUCUUCAUUAUAGAGCAACUCCCAUUGCUCUUUCAAGACAAACCCUUCUAGUGAAUUCUUCAGAACGAGUUAAUGUAAACAAAUUCCUGCAAAACCCUGUUUUACAAGAACAUUUAGGAUUGAAUAAGCAGAAAUAAACAGUGAUGAUCAAAGGGA